UUUCAAUGUGACUUGCACUCGCUCGACUUGAAACCAGAAGCGAGGUUCAGGGUUCGGGGAACAAGACGAAGAAGGAUAGGAAGAAGAGGCAACUGAUAAGUAAGAAAAACAUAUGAAUCAUAGAAGAAGACAACGUUGAGAACUUACUUCUCUCUUAGAGUCGUGUUGAGAAUUGGAAUUAAGCUUUGAUCAGGCGUCUUGAGAUCUGCCGGUCGGUCCCCUCUAGGACUGUUCUGUGUGGUCGUGGCAGGAACACACCCUAACUCCUGGAUAUGGCAGGUCUCCGUGGUGUCAAGAUCCUGCUGCUCUGGGCUGGAAUCAUUGGUUUGGCUAAAAGUCAAACGCCCACUGUACCAGACAAUGCUCCCACUGCCUCACCUACAACCAACCACACGAAAGGCCCUUCGCCCCUGACCUCACCUGAAGACUACUGGCUCAACACCACAGUGGAUAACACCACCCCAGUGCGUCGCUCUACAGCUCCGCCGCUAGAGUGUAAUUACACUGUAAAAACCAUCAAGUUUGGCCUCCAGAUUGACAUCACAAGCUCUGCAGUUAACCCUGUUCCUACCUCCAUAAUGAUUCAUGAAGAAGGGAAACCACAGACUGCAGCAAGAUUCUCAGCUCCUCAUUCCAAUCCAAGUUCAUCCCAUAAAAUCAAACAGCUGAAGCCCUGCACUAAAUAUGAGUUUAAUGUGAUACUUGACGAUAAAGACCGACGAACACCCUGCGAACGCAUGACUGUAAAUGAUAACAUGACAGAUCCAAUAAUGAAAGAGGACAUUGAAGAGGCCAACUGCAGCUCUACCAGCAGCAAAUCCGUCUGUUACCAAUCUGGAUGGGACAUCAGCUCUUUACAAACGACUCCAGAUAUGAUCCCAGAUCUGCAAUGUGGCAACAACACCGUCUGUUUCAAACCUGGUUCUGAUGACAUUUGCUCUAUUAUGACUUUCAACUUCAGUUCGAAAACCUGCACCAGCACUUCCUUUCAGCUCGACAGAAACAUCAAAAUUCGCGAUUUUUUAGAUGUCAAAAAUAUAAAUCAAACUGCUCCAACACAAUUUCCUGUAAAAUUUGAAACAAAAUUACCUCCAAACUGCAACCUCUCCAUUGAUUACACCUGUCAUAUUUUCUAUCCUCGUCGAGGCUACUACCCAGAGCUUCACGGAUUCAAUAAGGCUAAGAAUCUGUCUGAGCUGGAGCCUUUCAUGGACUACAAGUGUAUCGGUCUCAUCAAGGACAAGAACAAUGUCACUGUAUACAACACAACUGAAGUUAAAGUCCGGAUCGACUGUGAUCUCAAAAUAGUCUUCACAAAUACAAGCACCACCAACACAUCCUCUCAGCUGACUUGGACCACGACCAUUAACAGAUGUAAAGACGUGAUUCAGAAGCUUUUGUUCCACUGCCGCUGUGGAGAUUCAUACCAACGUGUAUGGAGUUCCAAUCAGCCUUCAGGAGGAACCUGCAACAUUACUGAUCUGAAGCCAUACAGGGUCUCCACCUGCUGGGUCCAACCCUACUACAACUACCGUCGAGUCGGGAACUCCUCUUCUGUGAAACAGAAAACUGAGAUUGGAGUACCAGAGGAUAUAGAUAAUCUGAAGCUGGAGGUCAAAGACCAUAAUACGAUCAUUGUCACCUGCAAUCAUUCUCAAAUCUUCAAUGGACCUGAGGGAGUAUUCAAAGCACAACUUCAUCAUGGUGGUAGCUCUGUGGAAAGAAAUGAUGAAACAUGUGAAUUUGAAUUCAAGAACCUGGAGUACUCUACGAAAUACACUGUGAAGGUGACUGCUGCCAACAGUCUGUUUGAGAGCAACCCCGUCACAGAGCAAAUUUCUACUGAAUAUAUGAACAAAACUGGAAUUGUUUUUUACUUCUUCCUGACUCUCCUCACGUUUGUGUCUCUGCUGAUGGUCGUCUCCAAGAUCUAUGACUUGAGCUGCGGGAAGUACCACCCUAAAAGGAAAUCGGGUCUUUUGAAGGUGCCACCGCCUGACUCGGUGGAGGAGAUGAACCCUGAAAACCCAGCAUGUGUGUACGAGACACUUUCCUCAGAGAAAACCAAUCAGGACAGUUGCUGCCUGAUGGAGAAACCAGGUGACACAGGAGAGGAAACCCCCCCUAACCUCACCUCGACCCGCCCACUCCCCUCCACGCAGACCAGUCCGCUGCAUCUCGGAGCGAGUGAGCAGGAGGCUACUGUACAAAAGCUGUCUGUUUUAGAGAAAGAUGUUCAGGAGCUGCAGAAGCUUCUCGGUCGAGACACAAAAAAGUCUCGAGGCAGCAAGGCAGCCCCAGCGAGCAGAGAGGUCGGCUGCCAGAUGGAAAUGACUGAGCUCUGCCUCAUCCAGCCGCCCGGCCCUCAUGCUGCCGGUCCAGGGUCACGGAGCGGUGCCUGGACUGAGGGAGCAGCACGAGCAGAGCAAACUCAGGAAGGAGAAAACUGAAGCUCAGAGCAGGGCGAGGGAGGAUGACUGCGAGCCCUGUAAAGACAGCAGGUGGUCUGGAUGUCCCUGAAGGUGGAGCAGUCGAAGACGGCCGUGAUCGUCUUCUUUCCCGUCUUGUAGGGAUAAAAGAAGAUUUUGAUACGGACCUGUUGUUUUGGUUCCAGGUCCGGGAGCCUGUGAGAGACGCAGAGGACCAUGAGGAGUUCUACAUUUACAGCAGCAGCGUUUAUUAGCAGCAUUAAACUGGAAAACCUUUCAAUAUGGCAACUAAAGCUGAGUCGAUCAUUAAAACUCUCUUUUAAAAUGUGUUGGUUUUACAUUUGCUUCAUUUGCUUCAUCAGCUGCGAGUUUAACGUUUGACAACAUUAAGUUCUUUUGUUGUUUUUCAUAUCUUAUUUUUUAUUUUUAUUAGUCCUGAUGAUAUAUAGAGAAAUUUGAAAUUAGUAAUAAAUGUAUAAUAUAUAGAGAAAUCUGAAUUUUUGUGUCGAUUAAUAAUUGAAGCACGUGAAAACAAAUAAAGCUUUUUUUUAAUGCUCCAGGAA